AUGCUGCAGCGAAAUCCGAAGAUGCAAUUACUGACAGAACAAAUCGGAGUUGCUUACUAUGUUUCAGGAAACAUCAAAACUAAGGCUGUGUUAGAUGUGGAGUCGAAGAGAGGAUACUGGCUGACAGUGUAUGCACAGGAUCACGGGGUGGUACCUCUGAGCUCGAGUUUGCAGGUGUACGUGGAGGUGCUCGACGAGAACGACAACACCCCGUUGACCGAAGUCCCAGUGUACUAUCCGUCUGUGCCGGAGAAUUCACCGGCCGGCGUGAACGUUCUACAGAUCCGGGCGUUCGAUCGCGACGUCUCGCCUCAACAAUUCACCUUUUCCAUCACCAGCGGCAAUCCGGAGGGUUAUUUUCUCAUCAACUCCACCACCGGCUUAAUCACGACCAGCGGACGGAAGCUCGAUCGGGAGAACCAGGCAGAGCACGUUCUGGAGGUAACAGUGAGAGAUGACGGAAGGCCGUCUUUGUUCUCGACGACUCGCGUCGUAAUAGCAGUAGCAGACAUAAACGACCAUGGACCAGAAUUCGAGCAAAAGUUCUAUACCGUUCAGAUUCCAGCCUCUCCAUCCACCGACAAACCUCUAUUCCAGGUACUCGCGAACGAUAAAGACAUCGGUGAUAACGGGAAAAUCCAGUACAGUAUCAAAGGUGGCCGAGGCAAGGGGAAGUUUAAAAUCCACCCCACCACGGGAAUGGUGUACUCCCAACGUGACUUUGAAGCUGGACAGGAAUACGAGAUGAUGAUAAGAGCCGCCGACAGUGGAGAACCGCAGCGAAGUCAUCAAACACGAGUGUCCGUGCAAGUCAUCGAGGUUCCGAAGGAAUCAGAGAAUCCGCCAGUCUUCAAGACGAAGAACCAAAGCGUCGAGGUCACAGAGAGCGACGAAGUAAGGUUCCUAGUGGCGCUAGUGCAGGCCACGGACAAAGAUGGUGACUCGCUGUGGUAUGACAUCAUUGACGGUAACACACGAGACGAAUUCUUCAUUGGUCGAGACAACGGGAAUGUGCUGCUGGCAAAGAAACUUGAUUGGGAAACGCAGAACUUCUACAACCUGACUAUUCGUGUGACAGAUAGCGUGCAAACGGCUGUGACGCAACUGCUGGUUACUGUGAUCGACAUCAAUGACCAUCGACCGGAAUUCACGGAGAGCGUUUAUCACGUGGACAUCUCAGAAAAUGUGGAAAAGGGCGAGAAGAUUUUACAGCUCCACGCGACCGACGAGGAUAAAGACAAGAAGGUGUUCUAUAGCCUCCACGCCGCCCAGAAUCAGGCUUCCUUGGAGAUCUUCCACGUAGAUUCAGUGUCAGGGGCCGUUACUCUGAACGAAGUUCUCGAUCGAGAGACCAUCGAAGAGCACGUACUCACCGUGAUGGUAAAGGAUCAAGGGACGCCUGCGAAGAGGAAUUACGCUAGAGUUGUAGUAACUGUACAUGACCACAAUGACCAUGCACCGGAGUUCACUAGCGAGAUCAUCCAAGGGAAAGUGUUCGAAUCUUCACCGAUUGGCGCUGCUGUGGUGCAAGUCUACGCCAUAGACAGAGACAGAGGAGAUAAUGCCAAGAUUACCUAUUCGAUUACAUCUGGAAACGUGGGUAACAUGUUCACGAUAGACCCAGAACUAGGCAUGAUUCGCGUAGCCCGAGAGUUAGACCUAAGCGUUUCUUCGGAAUAUAUACUGCUGGUGAAGGCAACGGAUCAUGGUUCUCCAGCGCUGACCAACACUAUACCCAUACACGUGAUGGUCACCAUGGCUGACAAUGCUCCACCUAGGUUUAUUCAGAAAGAACUGUCUGCUGAGAUCUAUGAGAAUCAGCAGUUAGGUACAUACGUGAAGCACGUGGAAGCUAGAAGCACAUCCUCGCUGCAGUUCGAGAUUGUCAGUGGCAACAAGGACGACACCUUCUUCAUGAACCCGAGUACAGGUAUCAUAGUGGUGAAGAACGAGCUAGACUACGAGAAGACAAAGUUUUAUAAUUUGACUGUAGCUGCAACUAAUAUGGCCGGUGCAAAAGCACACUGUAACGUGAUCGUUCAUGUCUUGGAUCGAAACGACAACGCGCCAAGGUUCCUGCAAGCUACGUAUAGUGGAGAAAUAAGCGAGGGCGCUAGUAUAGGUUCCUUGGUACUCACCAAUACCAGCACCCCAUUGGUAAUAAAGGCAGAGGAUGCUGACUCCGAAUUAAACGCACUUUUAAAUUACGACAUAGUUGAGGAUUUGCCACGAAAAUACUUCCAUAUAGACUCGAGCACUGGCGCCAUUAGAACAGUAAUGAUUUUGGAUCACGAAAGUAUUCCGAAGUUCACCUUCCACGUAAAGGUCUCCGAUCUGGGGAAACCAAAACUGUCUUCCGAUCGCAUCGCUAAGGUGAUGAUCGCGGUAACGGAUGUAAAUGACUGUCCACCGAAAUUCCUCGAAAACGACUAUAAUACCACCGUACUAUUGCCCACGUACAAAAACGUCGCCGUGAUCCAAGUGAGCGCCGUGGACCCAGACAGUUCCGAAGAGGUGCCACUCAGGUACGACAUCAUCGAUGGGAACAAAGCGCACACAUUCGAGAUAGACUCGCAGACCGGUGUGAUCACGGUGUAUAAUCCUGAACGUAUGAAGAAAAGCUAUCUGCUACGGAUCCGGGUCUCCGAUGGAAAGUACUCAAGCGUCUGCCAGGUGAACGUGAUGGUGGAGAAGUCGGAGAAUUCGGGGCUGAUGUUCCAGAAAGAUGUGUACGAGGGAACGAUUUCCGAGAACUCGACAAGGAUCACGACCGUCGUGGUCGUGAACGUUUUAGGCAGCGCGUUGAACGAGCACAUCGUCUUCAGCAUCCUGAACCCAACCGAUAUGUUUGUAAUUGGAUCCACGUCCGGCGCGAUCCGGACAACUGGGAUUAGAUUCGACCGGGAGGUUUGCGACCAUUAUGAACUGAUAGUAGAAGCGAAAAGUCAGAUGCCAGACAGGGAGAAGCCCAGGGUAGCACACGUGAUCGUGAACGUCACCAUAAUGGACAUCAAUGAUAACUGUCCAAUGUUUGUCAACUUGCCCUAUUAUGCUGUUGUGUCUGUAGAUGCACAAAAGGGUGACGUUAUCACGAAGGUACAUGCAGUUGACAUGGACAGCGGGGACAAUGGAGAGGUUAGAUACGAACUAAAGAAAGGUCAUGGAGAAUUGUUCAAGGUAUGCCGAAAAACAGGUGAAAUAUCACUGAAGCAAAAUCUGGAGGGUCACAAUCGCGAAUACCAGCUUACUAUUGCCGCAUAUGACGGAGGCAUUACACCAUGCUCCAUCGAAGUGCCAGUGAACGUAAAAGUGAUAGAUCGGUCGAUGCCAGUGUUUGACAAGCAAUUUUACACGGACAGCGUUCUGGAAAGUAUCGAGAUACAUUCGCCCCUAACUUUGUCCAUACAGGCUGAGUCACCGUUGAACCGCAAGCUCAUAUACAGUAUAACGAAAGGGAACGAUUUCGAGGAAUUCGCUCUGGAUUUCAACACAGCCCCCGACAGUAACAAUGGUCCUUGUGCAAUCUACGUCGUGGACGAGUUGGAUUACGAGCAGAAGAAGCAGUACGAGCUGACCGUCCGUGCGACGGACAGCGUAUCGGGCGUCUACGCGGAGGUGCUCGUUAGCAUCCUAGUGCUGGACGUGAACGACUGCCCGCCAGAAUUCACUCAAGACUCAUACAACAUCUCGGUCUCCGAGGCUGCGUCGUUCGGCACCUCCGUGUUGAAAGUCAGCUCCAGGGAUAAUGACACGGAUAUAAACCAGCAGGUUCGCUAUGCGAUUCAAAACGACACGGAAAACAGCACAGAUCUGUUUCACAUCGACCCAGAAGAGGGUGUAAUCUUCCUGAAGAGAUCUUUGGAUCACGAGACCCACGAAUCGCACCACUUCACCGUGAUCGCCAGUGAUCGUGGCGUGCCAAGUCUCGCGAGCACAGCCCACGUCUGGGUGACGGUGAUCGACAUGAACGACAACCCGCCCAAGUUCGAGCAGCCCUCGUACACCUGCUCGUUAUCCGAACACGCAGAACGAGGUCAAUUCGUGACGGUGGUAUCCGCAAGCGAUCCUGACUACGUGGAUGAGAAACUCACGUAUACGAUAGUCGGUGGCAACGAGCAACAAACGUACAACAUUGACCAAUCCACUGGCAUCAUUUCAUUGAUCAACAUGCAGAACUUUGGCGAGAAGAAGCUCACCUUGCUGAACGUUUCUGUCACUGACAACGUGUACACCAGCUUUGCACGUGUGAAGAUCGAGAUAUUGCCUGCUAAUAGGCACAACCCUAAGUUCCCGAAUCCUGUAGUGGAAAUAACAGUCUUCGAGAACCAGUUGCCUGGUAGAUUGGUCACCAGCGUGAUAGCCACUGACGAGGAUUUCGGUGACUAUGGAACUGUGAUAUAUUCGAUAGCUUCGGAUCUGAUGAAAGAGAUCUUUGACAUAAAUAGACUGACCGGUGAGAUCGUGACCAAAAAGGAAUUAAAUCGAGAAGAGCAGAAACUGUACGAGAUACCUGUGAUGGCUACAGAUGGGGGUGGCAGGUCAGGUUUCGUGAUGGUCAGGGUCAAAGUUGGGGACAAGAAUGACAAUUCGCCUGUGUUCCUUCUGAGAGAAUAUAAAGCUAGUAUACACGGGAAUCUGACUGUGAACACGCCGUUCUUGAAAGUAAAAGCUCAAGAUGCUGACGAGGAUGACGCUGCGAGGAUCAUUUAUUCGAUAUACGAACUACAGACUUCGGAAGCAAAAGCGUUAUUUGGAAUAAAUCCUGAUACUGGAGCGUUGUUCCUGCAGAAGAGUGCGAUUCCAUGGGAAAAUGAAUUAUUUGAGUUGUUCAUUCGCGCGGAAGACAAGGGUGGAGCUACCAUUCAUCACGCCGAUGUCCCUCUCAGCAUCUACAUAAUGGGUCCGCAAGAUAUUCCACCUCUGUUCGAGCGGAAAGAAGAUAAAUUCUUCAUAUCCGAAGCGUCUCCUAUCGGUACACCGAUAACCAGGCUGAAAACCGUGACCAACACCACGGUUACUUACAGAAUAGUUUCUGGGGACGAGGAUUCUCCACUUUUCAUGGUUGACGCUCAUGGACAGAUCACAUUAGUUAGACCUUUAGAUCGAGAGCUCAAGGAUAACCAUUUGAUCGCAGUUCUCGCUGAAACGGAUUCGAGUCCUCCUCUGACAGCUCUAGCUGAAAUAUCGCUUCAAGUGUUGGAUGAAAAUGAUCAUGCUCCUGAAUUUGAGAGUAAUCCUUACGGUAUCAGUCUAGCGGAAAAUAUAGAAGAGGGAACGCCCAUUUUGAAAAUCAUCGCGCACGACGGUGAUCUAGGAAGCAACGGGGAGGUUCGAUAUUCAUUUGGCUCGGAUAUAGGCGAGUUGGCGAAUGUUUUCACAGUGGAUGCAUACACCGGUUGGAUAUCAACACUAGUUCAGCUUGAUAAGGAGAAACAACCGGAAUAUAAGUUCCAAGUGGUCGCUACUGACAACGGGAAUCCAAAGCACUUCGCAAGAACCUCUGUACACGUGAAGCUAAAGGAUUACAAUGACAACCCACCCGCAUUCGUGGACGAUCGUUACGAAGCAGCUGUAAACGAGGACGCUUUGCCAGGAACAGUCGUAGUCAAGUUGGUCACCGUUGACAAGGAUUCGGAUGUAAAUACGCCGAUAGAAUUUUACAUAACAUCUGGUGAUCCGAGAUCCCAGUUCCAGAUUAGAUCCACCGGCGAAGUGUACGUGGCGAAGGCACUCGACCGCGAAACAACUGAUCGUUACGAACUUGAAAUAGUCGGCACCGACGGCAAAUACGUCUUCAAGACGAGAGUAACGGUACAGGUGCUCGACGUGAACGACAAUCCGCCAUAUUGCCUGAGAUAUCGUUACCGAGAGAUCCUGUCUGAAGGAUCACAUCCUGGGACUUACGUACUCACUGUCCUCGCCACUGAUUACGAUGACGAACCGAACGCCAAGUUGCGUUUCUACCUAACUGGUGAUAAUAACGACAAAUUCUCGCUGGACAAGGAGACAGGUGUACUGAAGACGAUUGGCCAGCUGGAUCGGGAAAUCCAAGCGAAAUACUCGCUUACGGCACAUGUACAGGAUAAAGACAAGCCAUCUUGGGAAUGUUCUUCCCAGCUAGAAAUCAUAGUCUCAGAUUUGAACGAUAACGCACCGAAAUUCACCAUGCAGACAUACAGCGCCACGCUGCCGGAAGACGAAGAGGUUGGUACCUUAGUGACCAAGGUGCACGCCACGGACGAUGACAUCGGCAUUAAUCGCAAGAUCAGAUAUGAGUUCAUCGAUUCUGCUGAUGGCCAUUUCCUUAUUGCCGCGGACAGCGGCAUCGUUACACUCGCCAAACCAUUGGAUAGGGAAACGAAGGCGAUGUACAACGUAUCCAUCCAAGCAGUGGAUCAGGGGACUCCUCAGUUGAUGAAUGUGACUUCGUUAAUAGUCAAUGUACAGGAUAUCAACGACAAUCCACCGGAAUUUACGUCAAAGGUCUAUUUCCGUAAGGUUCCCGAAAUCUAUGCGGUUGGAACAGAAGUAGCUAGGGUUCUCGCGACAUCCAAGGAUACUGGAGUCAAUGCUGAUGUGUACUACUCGAUCGUGGGCGGAAAUGAGCAUAAGAAGUUCCAGAUAGACACGACUACAGGCGUCAUUACGAUCGCAGAGCAACUGGAUUUCGAACGUGCAAGAGAUUAUUUAUUGACCAUUCAGGCUAAAGAUGGAGGCAUUCCAUCUCUAAGUAAUCAUGCCACAGUGAACAUCACCGUGAUCGAUAGUAACGACAAUACACCGAUAUUCAAUGAAGUUUCGUACAGGGCUUCUAUAAGAGAAGACGCAAAGAUUGGAGACAAAGUUAUACAGGUAUCUGCAAAUGACUUGGAUAGCGAAGAGAACGGAAAUGUGUCUUAUUAUAUCGAACGAGGUGAUAGGCAGAAGCAAUUUUUGAUCGAUCAGAAAACGGGGCAAAUUACCAUUGCCACGCCGUUGGAUCGCGAAGAAAUCGGCAAUUACGUGCUGGAGGUUCACGCCCGUGACAGUGGCACACCCAUGCUGUCCAGCUUCGUGAUGGUAAACAUCAAGGUUCUAGAUGCAAAUGACAACCCGCCGCUAUUCUCUCUCUCAAAUUAUACGGCAGUAGUACAAGAAGACAAGCCCCUGGGCCACACCGUAUUACAAUUUGUGGUCACAGAUGCAGAUAUCGAGCCGAACGCUGCACCGUACACCUUUGACUUCCGAUCUGGAAACGAGGGUGACGCAUUCAGAUUGGAACAGGACGGCACAUUGCGAACCGCGACCAAGUUCAACAACAGGGUGAAAGACAAAUACGUACUGCACAUACGCGUCUUCGAUAACGGAAGCCCACCUCUCUAUUCUGACGCAUGGGUAGUAAUCAAGGUGAUUGAGGAGUCCCAGUAUCCACCGGUAAUUACACCUUUGGAAGUGGUCGUUAAUUCCUACAAGGACGAAUAUCCUGGCGGUAUUAUCGGAAAGGUUCACGCAACAGAUCAGGAUCAAUAUGAUACUCUUUCGUACAGUUUGAUUCCAUCGUCCCCAAUUCCAAACGAUCUCUUCCAAGUUGACAAAAUCGACGGUACCUUAGUUGCCCUACCUCGGCUCGACGUUGGUGAAUAUAAGAUAAACGUUAGCGUGACAGAUGGGAAAUAUCAUUUGCAUUCCGUAGUGAAAGUAAACGUUGAUUUAAUAACCGAAGAAAUGCUAGAUAAUUCUGUGAUUGUGAGAUUCAGGGAGGUCAGUCCUGAAGACUUCAUACUAAGUCACCGUAAGGGAUUUAUUAAAACUGUUCGCAACGCAAUGAACUGUAGGAUAAAGGAUAUCAUCAUCAUCAGCGUUCAACCUUCUACCGACAACAAAAUAAAUCUAAUUAAAUCUCGCACCAUUCGCCAAAUCGUGCACAACGACCUGGACCUUUUAUUCACAGUGAAGAGAAGUUCUAUUCCGUUGGGAUCAUCGAGUUUUAAUAAUGUUACGUAUUAUACAUCUGAAAACAUACGAGAGGCGUUGAAUGAGCAUAUCGAAGAACUCGAAAAGUCGACAAAAUUGGUAGUGGAAGAAAUAGUCAGAUUCAAAUGCAACAAGGAAUACUGCGUGUAUGGGGUCUGCCAGGACAAAAUUGCUCUUGACAUUACACAAGUGACAACUGUGGCUACCGAUGUCAUGAGCUUCGUUUCUCCACGGCAUAGGCACAAGAUGGAGUGCAGCUGUAAAGAAGGUUACGCCGGAGAUUAUUGCGAGGUAGUCGUUAACGAGUGCGCGCGAGAUCCUUGCCCACUAUUCCAAAUCUGCGUAUCUGAUUCUUCGGUCCGAGGAUACUCUUGUCAGUGCCCUGUAGGCUUCGCUGGACAAACCUGCGAUAUCGACAUUUCCAAAUGCCACGAUGAGUCCUGUUACAUUCCAAGGAAUCCGAUAUCAUUUAGCGGUAAAAGCUAUGCUUGUUACAAGAUUAACAAAGCCCUCAUCAGGCAGACCAUCGAGAAUCGCCUGAGUUUAUCUUUGAGAAUUCGAACGGUGCAAUUAACUGGGAACUUGAUGUACGCAGCUGGCAAGGUCGAUUACAAUAUCCUAGAAAUUGUGAACGGAGUCGUCCAGUACAGGUUUAACCUGGGCAGUGGGGAAGGUUUGGUUCACGUAACCAGCGUGUACGCGAGUGACGGACAGUGGCACGAAAUUCAGCUGGAACGGGAAAGUAACAGCGCCAAAUUGAUCGUAGAUGGAAAAUACGAGGCUCAUGGAUCAGCACCUGGCAUAAAUGACAUUCUGAAUCUUCAAACUGACGACUUGUACCUGGGUGCCGAAGUCAAGCAACAUCCGUCGAUUUUGGGCUUCGAAGAUGUUCAACGUGGCUUCAUAGGAUGCAUGGACGACGUUCGAAUCGCUAGAGUGUCAGUACCACUGCACAUGAGUGGCGCUAGUAGCGUUGCAGUUUUAAAACGCUUCGUGAAUGUCAAAUUCAGCUGUGAUGCCGCUAGUGUUCUUGUGCCUCUGGGAGUCUGUGGUUCGCAGCCUUGUCAAAAUGGCGGCACGUGUAAGGAUGCUGGUGAUGAUAAUUACGAGUGCCAGUGUCACACGAGAUUCUCAGGCCUUACGUGUGAAGUCAAUACUGAUCCCUGUGCCUCGUCGCCCUGUCUUUACGGCGGUCGUUGCAAAGUUGUGCCAGAAGGUGGCGAUUACGUCUGCGAAUGUGUUAGACCAAGUCUGACUGGAAAACGUUGCGAAUUCGGAAGAUAUUGUAGUCCAAAUCCCUGUAUCCAUGGUGGAGUGUGCGAGGAAGGCAACAAUGGCCCGAUAUGCAAAUGCCAAGGAUUCGUGGGUGACCGUUGUGAAACGGACAUAAAUGAGUGCGAUGCCAAUCCGUGCACGAACGGAGGUACCUGUGUGAACGAGAUAGGCACCUACAGGUGUAUCUGUCCUCCCAACAUGACCGGACUAAAUUGUGGAAACCCGGCAUAUUCCACGCCAAUUAUAUCAAGCCAUUUCAAUAUAACAUGGGAGCAACUGAUGUGGAUUGGCAUUGCGGUUGUACUGAACGUAUUCCUGAUCAUCAUAUUCUUCGCUUUCCGACGUAUCAGAAUGAAACGCACAAGAGCACGAGCGAACAACAUCAACAACGAGACCAGGAAACAAAUCGUGUUAAAUUCCGCGCGACCCCAUGAACACGAGUUCAAACGUAAUUCAAAGCUGAGCAACUUGGAAGUGAUACAGAGAGAACCUCCCCAAUGCCCUCCUAGACCCGCUUCCUACACUCCUAGCUCGAACAACGAGCCAGCCACAUACGGCAACUCGGCAGCGGUGGCUCUAAAUAAUCUGGAUACGUUGCGCAGCUAUGGCAGCGCCGGCGAUGAGCUGGAGAAUUUCCCUCCAGAUUAUUUGAGAAACCUAAAUCGCAGCACACCCGUACCCCCUCCGUCCUUAACCCUCGCUAACCCAGUCGGCGGAAACGCUACAGGCAGCGACACGGAUAGCCUUCAUAAGCCAACGUGGCAAGAGCAGAUGCAACUAGCUUCCUUCAUCACGGACACGACAAAGAUAAAGAAUGACCUGAAACGAGCGAGCCCAGUGGUACCAGAGCUGACCACUGGAGGACUUCUACUAAAUUCUUCUCGACGUGUGCCUCAUGGAGGUGGGACCUCCGUUGCCUCCAUGACGUCCAUCGAGGAUGAUCCUCGUAUAGUCGGUGGGUAUCACUGGGAUUGUUCAGACUGGGUCAGGCCAAGCCAAAACCCCUUGCCUAAUAUCACGGAGGUGCCUGGAAGCGAAGUACCAGACUCGUCCAGCUUCCACAGCAAUGAGAGUAACGAAUCAAACACUCAUCAGUUACCGUCAGUGCACAGCUCUGUAGAUCCAGCGAGAGACAUCGAGACGUUGAACGAAGACCAAGAGUCAGAGUACGUCGGGGACUCGGAAUGCGGGACUGAAUUUUCUGAGCAGUAUCAGUGCACGGAAACACAGCGUUUGAAUCCCCUGGACAGCGGUGGUGAGGGAGAGUACAAGUAUAAAGGUUCCGAAAGUUAUCUCCGGCAUCCGAACUCCUAUCUGCCGCAUUACAACAUCCACACGGACACGGAGAACGAAACGAACCCCUUGAACGGUCGUCUUAGUACUUUAGAAUCCGACGAAGAGGAAGAUGACGUAGUGCCUUAUGGUUUCCCAAGCACCCGACGCAACCGAUGCCACAAGGGUGACGAAGUCGACGAGAUCGGGUCGGUAAUCACCACUCUCGAAGAACGAAAUUCAUUGUUGGGUGGUGCAACUAGCAACAGCGACUUAUCUACCAAUCUAUGCGAAAUUGACGAUUCCGAAUACGAGAUCGCCGAUCAGAAGAGCAAUGGCCGCUUGUGGUUGUCGGGGAACGGUAUCACGCAAACCUCGGUGUGACGAACAAUGGUGCCACGACUUGAGAACAGACUGAACGUGAUCGUGUUUUUCUGUGCUUCUUGAAUAAAAACAGUGCGAAUGUUAUGUGAAUAUACGAGAAAAAUAUUGUACAUACGUAUUAUCGAAUCAGAGGUAGAAGAAAAGGUAAGUGUGUACAGAGGCAGCUAUGAAUAUAAGAAACUGAUGAACACGAGCUAAUUAAAAGAACGGUAUGGGAAUUCGCAUACUGAGCCAACGGUGCGCGUCGUUCGCGCAUCGUACCUCAAAUCUCCUAUAUAGGUAGAGCUUAGGUACUUCGAUGUACUUAAUUCCGCGAUCCUCGAAACAAUUCUAUUGAACCGUAAAUAUGAAAAUGAACGUACACGUAC